AUGCCGCUUCACUGCUGUUUCGCUGUAACUGAUAGAAACUCGGCGGGUGUUCAGGUCGUCAAAUACUGCGAUCAUGUGCACGGUAAAUGGCAUUUCAGCGAAAUUCGAGCCGUCUUUUCACGGAGGUAUCUGCUGCAAAACGUUGCUUUGGAAAUUUUUCUGGCAUCAAGAACCUCCAUAAUGCUGGCCUUUAUGGAUCACAUGACUGUUAAAAAGGUAGUGAAAGCUCUGCCGUGUGUAGGAGUUGGAAUAAAAUAUGGCAUUCCACAAACAAGGCGAGCUUCUCUCAUGUCUCCUCGUCAAAUAUUUCAACAGUCCAAUAUGACUCAAAAAUGGCAAAGAAGAGAAAUUACGAAUUUUGAAUACUUGAUGUUCCUCAAUACGAUAGCAGGUCGAACCUAUAAUGACCUCAACCAGUAUCCAGUAUUUCCAUGGGUGUUGACAAAUUAUGAAGCACCAGAAUUGGACCUCAGUCUACCUAGUAACUAUAGAGAUCUUUCGAAGCCUGUUGGUGCUUUGAAUCCGAGCAGAAAAGCCUUUUUUGAAGAGCGAUAUGAAACUUGGGAACAUGAAACUAUUCCACCUUUUCAUUUUGGAACACAUUAUUCUACGUCAGCUUUUUCUCUGAACUGGCUGGUUCGAGUGGAACCAUUUACAACCAUGUUUUUAUCACUGCAAGGUGGAAAAUUCGAUCAUGCAAAUAGAAUGUUUUCAUCAGUUGCCCAAGCUUGGAAGAACUGCCAAAGAGAUACUUCGGAUGUCAAAGAACUAAUUCCAGAAUUUUUCUAUCUGGCGGAGAUGUUUAUGAAUAAAAAUGGUUAUCAAUUAGGCUGCCAAGAAGAUGGUACAAAUGUUACAGAUGUCAUUCUGCCUCCCUGGGCUUCAACACCAGAAGAAUUUGUUCGUAUUAACAGAAUGGCUCUUGAAUCAGAAUUUGUAUCAUGUCAACUUCAUCAGUGGAUAGAUUUAAUAUUUGGAUACAAGCAAAGAGGCCCAGAAGCAGUCAGAGCAACAAAUGUAUUCUAUUACUUGACUUAUGAAGGAAGUGUAGAUUUAGAAAAUAUGAAAGAUCAAGUCAUGAAAGAAGCUAUUGAAAAUCAAAUUAGGAAUUUUGGUCAAACGCCAUCUCAGCUACUGAUGGAACCUCAUCCUCCCAGAAGCUCAGCAAUGCACAUUAGUCCUAUGAUGUUCUCCCCCAUUACUGAGGAGGUCUGCAUGAUAAUGAAGUUUUUGUCCAAUUCUCCUGUGUGUCAUAUCUCGGCUAACACCUAUCCACAGCUACCAUUACCUUCUGUUGUUACUAUUUCCUGUAAUCAAAAUUUUGCUGUUAAUAGGUGGAACCCGUGCUUUUCAGGUCCUCUUCACCAGCCUCCAUAUUCAGACAACACUCAAACAUCUCCUUCACAGUUACCUCUUGCAAUGGAUCCUUUACUUAUUAUGAAUGUUGCACCAUACAAGAGGCACCUUGGGGACAAUUUCAGUCAAAGAGUAAAGAUGCGCUCUUGCUGUUUUGUAACAACAGUUGAUAGCAGGUUUUUGAUUGCUUGUGGUUUCUGGGACAAUAGUUUUAGAGUGUUUUCCACAGAAUCUGCUAAAAUUGUACAGAUUGUCUAUGGUCACUUUGGAGUAGUAACAUGCUUGGCUAGGUCAGAAUGUAAUAUCACAUCUGAUUGUUACAUUGCUUCUGGAUCUGAAGAUUGCACAAUCCUGUUGUGGCACUGGAAUGCCAGAACACAAUGUAUAGCUGGAGAUUUGUUAAAUUGUCCAGAUAUUCCAACACCCCGAGCCACUUUAACUGGACAUGAAAGUGAAGUGACAUGCAUUGUUGUAUCUGCUGAACUUGGCCUGGUGGUUAGUGGAUCUAAAGAUGGGCCAGUUUUAGUGCAUACCACAAACGGUGAUUUACUGCGAUCUCUUGAGGCUCCUGAAAACUUCAAAUCUCCAGAAUUGUGUGCUUUGUGUCGAGAAGGCCUAGUUGUUGUCUGUUAUGAUUCUUGCAAUGUGUGUUGCUUUACCAUCAAUGGACGCCGACUUCGCAGUGAAACACAUCACCACCCAAUUCAGUGUUUGGCAAUGAGUCGUGAUGGAGAAUACAUGAUGACUGGUGGGGAUAAAGGCAUUGUUGAAGUUUGGCGGACAUUCAACCUGGCUCUACUAUAUGCAUUCACGGCUUGUGACAGUGGAGUGCGCUCAUUGGCAUUAACACAUGAUCAAAAAUUUCUAUUAGCAGGUUUGGCUAACGGAUCUGUGACUGUUUUCUACAUUGAUUUCAAUCGGUGGCAUCAUGAAUUCCAGCAACGUUACUGAAAAGUCCACAGACUCGAUCUUUCGUCAGUAACUUGUGCAGAUUGCGAACUCUGGCGCCCUCGUCAGUCCAUUCGGUGCGGGCCGUCGGCUCGCAUCAAAAACCGGCCAACCACAGAGGGGGCACUAGACCACUGUCACGCACUCGCCCACUACUAAAUCAGUGAAUCAAGGCAAAUCACGGACCGAUCUCAAAUGAGAGUUUUUUUUGUUCGUGCUUAGAAGUUUGUCGUCUUUCCUUUCGUCUCUACAGUGUCUGUUUUGCACUUUAUUUCAAAAUGCAACUGUGCGGCAGUUAUUGAAAACAAUGUGCGAGCUCGUCACUGUCCCUAGGUGCAUUGUAGCACUUUGUCCUUGUUGUACAGAUGCGGAUAGAACUCUGAACGUCCACUGCGCAGGCCCUCCAUCUGUAUAUAUACGAUAUUAUAUAUAUAAAUAAAUAAAUAUAAAUAAAAA